GACAAGCUUGAGGGAGACAUAAAAUUGUCCCCGAACGUAGUAGCGCUUGUCGCUGAGGGCGUAAGAAGAAGAAAAAGGCCACACACGAGAAGGGGUGCUGUAAAUAACAAGAUCUACUUGUGGAGCAAUGGACAAGUGCCUUACGAGAUUGAUUCAGUGUUUGGUAAGUGUUUUAUACAACGCUCUUGAACUUAGCCCCAGGAACCACCUUUACUCGAACUUUCGUAGUUUUUGUAAGGUAAUAACAAUGUAUUAGUACAAUCUGGCAAAAGUAACGCCACAAAGCGCGGCGUCAAGGAGGCCUUUGCCGUCAAACAAAGACACCCAUCUCUGAAGAGGAAAGAGUUACUGGGUCUCCCGACCAAUUACGAUCCUCUCCUGGGAAUACGUAACAACCUUUCUUUUUCGUAACCUGACAUUUAACAUCGCUGAUGAAGUUCAAGCGAUUCAAACGAAAUAUUCGAUUUUGUCUUAAAUGUUGCUGAGCCUGAAAUUUGUAAACUAAAGUCGUCGACAUAGCAGAUAAAAAAAACCUUUUUGGUAAUCUUGUUAAUGGAUUGAGCCUAGAAAUCAUGUUAUAUUGAACGGUUACAUGUGAAAGAAGUGUGCGGUCAAAAUUUUCAGCCACUUGAAAAUUUGUCUGGUUCCUUGUACACGUAGCCGAAAAUGGCUUAAGAUAUUUUAUUUACUUAAGAUCAGAUGCUUUCAAGAUGAAAAGUACUUACAAAAACUUUUCCUAGAUUCUUACCCCAGCGACAGAAAGGCAAUAUUGGACGCCAUUUAUGAGAUGGAGUUGAUAUCCUGCGUUCGUUUUACGCCAAGGACAAACCAACAGUAUUACCUGCGAUUCAUCAGGAGCUCGGGGUAAGUGGAAAUUUAUGGCUUGCUUAUAAAACGUUUGAUGUUUCGUUCAAGAGUGAAGAGUGACGAAGCUUCAAUAGAAUGGAUUGGAUUCCCUAUUACUAUAAAAUAUCGAAUAUAAAAAUCGAAUAUAAGAAUAAGCAAAUACCGACGUACUGUGUUGGAGUAUGGUCUCCUCUAGCUUGAGAAAAUGGCCAACGUUUCGUGACACCACCACUGGUUUCUGUAAAAUGACGUCUGAGGAACGACUACCCAAAUCUUGACAGUGCCUCUGAUCAGGAUAAUCACACAACACAUGUGGGAGCUUUUGGUUUGAAUUAUUCCAGUCUCUUUGAUAUGGAAGUCCUCUCCCCGAAGGUAAACAAAGUUGAUUACAAAUUCCCGGCCGUGAUGGAUAAUCUUUGCUGGUAAUGAUAUAAAGACGCUAAUCAUAACUAUAACAAAAUUGUCAAAUCUGAUUGGCUAUCAACUGCCCUGAUUUCAGCCUUAAUUGGACAGUUUAAUAGGACAGUACGCGUCAUGCCUAAGUAAUUGGACAGUACGCGCCAACACGAGCGCGCUUAAAUGGCUUUUUUUUUUCAGUGCUAGCUAAACAAAAUUUCGAAUUUCUUGUGUUUUGAUUUAAAAUAUAGCCUAUUAUAUCACAAAUUUUGUUAAAGUUAUGAUUAAUUGGUAACAGAACUUCGUGUCGUCCAAUUCGGUCUGUAAUCAUACUCGUGAUUAAACAAAUCGGCCUCCCGCUACGCGGUCGUCCGAUUUUGUUAAUCACGCGUAUGAUUACAGACCGAAUUGGACUCCACUCAGAAGGCUGUAGUGGGUUAUCCUCAGCGGAUCAAGGCGAGACGAAGUUAACGCGCAAAGAGGGAGUAAACAGUGCGCCCUAUACUACUAUCACCAUAGAUCUGUAAUAAUAGAUUAACCUUAUUCAGACCGAGGGAGGAGUUGAGCCUUCACGUAACUAAAAAGUUUUAUAACGUUUCAAGAGUUCAAGCUAUGAACGGCCAAAUUAAGUUUCCAGAUGACUUCUGAGAAACGAGCGCAGAAAAUCCAUACUGAUGACGCGUCACUACCCAGAUCUAGGUAGUGCUUCUGAUUGGUCGUGCUGCGUGGGAACUUUUGAUUCAAACAAUAAGAAGCACUACCCAGAUCUGGGUAGGGACCCGUCAUCAGUAUGGAAUUUCGGGGCUCGUUUCUCAGACAUCAUUUGGCGGGGAAAACAGUGUUAGGGUCGCCAAAUGUCGGCUUUUUUCUCAGGCUACCAAAAAGUUAUCUAGGAACAUCUUAAAAAUCGUCGUGAAGUGAACGUCGACAUGGACGCUACAUUUAUAUACCAUAGAGUUUUUCAAAAUUUUCAUUUUUUCCUAUUUAAAAACGUUUUGUUCCUAUUUUUACGUAUUGAAUUAUUAUAUUACAUUUAAUUGAGUAUUAUUUACAGAAGCUCCCCUCCCCGGUCGCAGGAGCAAAAAAAGUCGGUAAGGUUAAUAUAUAACUCUCUGUGUUGUAUUCUGGCUAGAUGUUGGUCUUAUGUUGGUCAAGCACAAAUCUUAGGAGGUCAGUCACUCAGCAUAGGACAUGGAUGCGGUUCAAUUUCAACUGUCUCACAUGAAUUAAUGCACGCUUUGGGGUUCUUUCACACGAGCUCCCGUUAUGAUAGAGAUUCCUAUGUCAUUGUCAGGCAAGAUAAUAUCAUUCAAGGUAAGGAUUUUAACGCCUUUUUUUAGCUGAUUGUCGUAAGAAGUAUGUGUUUAUGAAUGGUUUGCAUUGCUGCACUUUUUUAUGGACAAAAAUGAUGGAAGAAGAUGGAUCAUUAAAGGCAAGCAUUUAGCGCGCUUUUCAGCUGAUUACCGAAAGAAGUGUGUGUUUGUUUAUACUUGUAUUAAUGCACUCUCUUAUCUUCUGUUGCUCUUAAGGGUUUGAAGCCAACUUUCAGAAAUACACUCACGCUCAGAUAGACCGACUGGAAGCCCCGUAUGAUAUGAGGUCACUAAUGCACCUACCUCAGAAUGCCUUUAGUAAGAAUGGCUUUGCCACAUUGGAAGCACGUGCAGGAAGUCAUGUGGUCUUGGGAUCGAAGUCAGGCCUGUCGGAGGUUGAUAAAGCACAGCUCAAUCUGCUUUACGGUUGCACAGGAUACGCAAGUGGGUAACGGUGGGACGUUUUAUAGGUUUGCCUAACCUAGUGAUAUUAUGAGAUGGGAGAACUGUUUAAAACACCCCAAAUCAAGUUUUGUUAUUUAUUUGGUUGUUUUUUUAGAUACUAGAUAGUAGGAUACCGUCAAACCUCUCCAAAAACACCACAGCUAACUUGGAGGGGGGAGCCGUUUGGCGUGAGAGAGGGACGUUGCCGUCGUAGACAAGUUAAAACAGAGGGUGUCCACUAGGAAAAUAUGUUGCCUGGCGUUUUGAAGAGGUGGCCAUUCGGUUCGACUGUAUUUAAGGCCAUUUAGUUACUGCAAUGAGAAUAUGUGGGUUGAGACUGCUGUUGGUUGCCUUUUCUGCCCUAAGAGCUUUUUUAAUUAUUAUUUCGAGUACUCCACAAUUCCCCUCUCUUCAAAAACGAACAUUUGUUUUCAAAAUCCGAUCUCGAAGAAUACCCAGUUAGUUUGGGAAAUAAUUAAAUAGUUGCUCGCACUUUUAGUGCGAGAUUUUUUUGAACGAAGUUUGUGUUGGACGUCAACUUCCGCUGUGCUUUAGAAAGAAACUGCUUGAAAAACUUAGCCCCAACUUUUACCGCACUAAGUCUUUUCCAUUUCUGAUAAGGUUGCUUCAAAGCCUUUGGUAUGGAAUCUUUUCACAUCCCGGAUUCCCAAAUUACCGCCAGCUCGUAUCAACAGUACUUUGAGCCAUCUCGGGGCAGGUUGCAUAUGACAGUAAGCGCCUCGGGGAAUGGUGCGUGGUGUGCCAAGCAAAACUACCAGCUCGGAGAAUGGCUACAGGUUAGACGACAUACAAAAAAAUCGAACUCUUAAGUGGUCCACCCUUUUACGGACAGGGUUACGUUGACCCUAGCUAGCCAUCGCCAACUUGGUUUAGAUUAUUGCCUUGUUACAUGUGACUGUAAGUAUUAACAAUGAGAGUAAACAUAUCGAUGUAAACAAGCUGCAGAUGAAACCAAUGAUAAAUCCACAGGCCGGCAGGAUAAAAAUAAAUGCCGUUUUGGAAAGUUAAACAUAGUUUGAACCGAUUUUGACCCGAGCGUUGUGUUGCACGGAGCAGCUCAACAGGACAGAAAGAGUACUUGAUCCUGAAGACCAUCAAAUGGAAAUUAAUGGCUUUAAUACAAUUUUCCUUUCUGCUCAAUCCGGCUUGUGUUUUUUUUCUUUCAAUAUUUUCAAAGGUGGAUCUGGGAGGUCUGAAAAAGGUAACAGGAUUUGCCACGCAAGGCAACAUGGACUGGCUUAGGGAUUCUUGGGUAACGAACCUUGAGGUUAUGAGUAGUCGUGAUUCUGUAAACUGGUAUAAAGAAUUUAACGGAAAGGUAAAUAAUACAGCUACUUAUUACCUGGCGUGUUUUCCAGUUACCAUGUGCGAGAAUUUUAAUGUGUAGAUAUGUGGUGGAAAAACUAGUCACGUGAUCUAAGAACUGAUUUUUGUUUGAGAACCAAGGUGCCUUGUAGUCGUGGAGCCCAUCGAGUGUAUAGAUGAUCGAAUUUUUAUGAUGAAUCGAUGGCGAUGAAACCUUUAAAGUGUAUAAAAGAGUAUGGAAUUUUAAAAUGGGAACAUGAGGAGAGAUUUGCUCCUAGAAGAGUGAAGAAUUAAUUAAUUGCCAAAAUCGAACUUGCAAAAGUGUAUCACAUAUGGUCAACUGUGACACAAUUCAUUUUCACAGAUCUUUAUCUUUAAGAUCGAUGUUUCAUGCACGAAGGUGUCAAAAAAGCUGCCAAUCAUGAACCUGUUGGUCUCUAAUGCUUAAUUAAAGAGGCUCUGUUAAGGGAUAUACCGUAAAAUUCCGAAAAUAAGCCCCUCCAUGUAUAAGCCCCUCCAAAUAUAAGCCCCCCAAACUCGUUACACAAAAAGCCCUCCGUUAAAUCGCCCCUCCAAAUAUAAGCCCCCCCGGGGGCUUGUACUUGGAAAUAUGCCCUCAAAUACAAACUAAAACAAAUCAAAAACGGUAAAUUUCCUUCCAACUAUAAUGCUAGCCCAAUCGAUUUUGAAACGCAAAUUUCCCUCCGUAGAUAAGCCCCUCCGAAUAUAAGCCCCUCCAAAAAUAAGCCCCUCAAAAAGGGCCUUUGAAAAAUAUAAGCCCUGGGGCUUAUUUUCGGAAUUUUACGGUAUGCAGUUUUAGGUUAAUUAUGUGGUACACACGAAAUGCUUCAGUAGAGUGACCAAGAAGACCGGAAAUCAAUUUCAUCAGGGAGGACUAUUAAUCAUAAAUUUUUUGGUGAUUAUUGCAGGCAUAGCACCAAAACUUGAAAAAAAUGGCGCAAUUCUUUCGCGUUUUCACCCAUGUCCAUCCUUGCUAUCCGUUUCAACAGAGAGCAAGCAAACGUUUCAGCGUGUAAAAUAUAGUCUUAAAUAACGAAACUGACCAUUAUAUUUAGAAUUCAAUUGACGCAAAAACACGUUUUAGCUUUUUUAAAAAAUAGCAAAUAGCUUAACAUGGCCCCUUUAUAAAAACAACCCCUGAGCCGACAUGCAUACGUAUAUGCUUGAGAAGUCCAUGACAAUUUGGACCCACUAGAAAGCCUUACAAUAGUUUCCUCCGUACUUUUUCUUUUAUUACAAUGACCAAUGUUUGUUCGCUGUAUGUUUAUCGCUUUUAGAUGGUCAGUGCAAACUUUGAUGCGAACUCAGCUCAGUAUAACGAGGCACCGGCCCCUUUCAUCGCUCGAUACGUCCGGUUUAUGCCGAAACACUGGUACAAUGACAUUUGUAUGAGAGUUGAGAUUUACGGCUGCGACUGUAAGUUACGUAUUAACUGA